AUGCAGUUUUCCACCGUCCUUCUCUCGGCCAUUGCCUUUUUCGCCGGCGCUGAGGCCUGCAAGUGCCUUGCGUUCGGCGGCGGCGUCGACUCGAAUGCCUCCCACCAAUGCUGCGACCAACAGCACGGCAGCUGGCGCAACGGCAACGAUUGCGCCGCCAGCUCCAUCUCCGAGCACUUGUCCAACUUCCGUACCUGCUGCAAGAGCAGAGGCUCUCAAACCUCGGACUGCGACUACCCGCACAAGCGCGCGGUUGCUGCCGACACCGAUGUUGUGGUCGAAGACGGCAUCAAGAUUGCCACGGUCGAUGGCGUUGCUCUCACCAUUGUCGAGAGGGCCAAGCGUGCUAUCCCCACCCACUUCUAA